AAUCGCCAUUUUGGCAUUACCGUCCUUUCCUGUCGUGUAGGCCUAUGGUUUUGGAUUUAGAACUAUGCUUUCUGUAAUCAAUGCCGUAGCAGUAGCAGCAAAUAUUAAUAUUUGUGUAAAGUCGAAAUUUAAACCCUGUUUUACAAGUAUAUUCCUCCAUUUUUAAGACUUUGUUAUUUUUGAUCUAUCAGUGAGUUUGUUCUGGAGUGUACUUUAUUGAUCGAAUAAUUAAGAAGAGGAUUGUUUGUCGUGUUUUUGCACAUUUUUGUGCGUCGUGAUGGCAGCAAUGGAAGGCUACUCGAACGUCGGGAAUGCAGGUGGCAGCGGAACCAACUUCGACGACCUGGACCUGGAGGGAGGCAGCGUCAUCGACGAAUGGCAUGAGGGAGAUCCUGAUCUGCAGAAAGAGGACUUCAGGGAGACUGAGAAUAUCAGGUAUUUACUGAAGAAUUGUAAUGUGCCACUGGAUAAUGGUAGAAAUGGACUCGUGUUCUCGGCCGACUACUCUAAGCAAGGUGCAAGUUACACUUGCCACGUAUGCAGCGCCAAGAUGCGUGGAGUCAAAGAGUUCAAUAUGCACGCCAACAGUCAGAACCACUGCUCUUCAAUGGAUAAACCCAAGCAUCCAGCUAAAAACUUCCCUAUUCUUUACGAGGAAGAACUGGAGACUCGAAUCGAAUUGGGAGAGCCAGCGCCACCAGGCAUGGAAAAUGAGACUCAAAUAAAGCCGUGCAAAAUUCAAGUACAACUUGAUUCUUUCCGGUCCGUGCCAAUAAUUGGUCUGGAGUACCUGAUUGAGCUGACGGAAGCUGGAGAUGUCCAAGCGUACUACUGCUUACUGUGUGACAAGCAAGGCAUUACAAAUAACAUACUCAAACAUUUCACUUCUGUCAAACACUCCCUCAACUAUCUGUGUAGGUACUAUCCUCGAGUGUUUAGGAAAUUCGUUUCGAUUCCAAAAGCACCAGAAUACAGGAGAGGAUCAAACAUAAUAUUAUGCCGGAUCAUCAAACGAAUUGAAGGAAAGUUUGGACGAUUGAAACCCAGGCCAUAUGCAAAUCGCAAUUUCCUUCAAGGAAAAGAAGAUCUCAGGAAGACUAUCCUAGAGGAGUUUCAUUUCAGAGAAUCUCCAGAUGAUGACCUUGAUGAAAUGAUAAAGUUGGAUGAAAUUCUAGCUCUUCAGUUUAGAAGUAACCAACUAGAAUCAGAGAAAGUCGAAUCGCAGAAAGAUCCUAAACCAGUUGCAUCCAGUAAUGAAAAAAGCAGCCUUUUCAAAACAACAAAGAUCAAUGUACCAAAAGGAAAACUGAGGACUGAAAGAAAAGAAAGUCCUGAAUGCGUCAUAAUUGAUGACAAGAAGAAUGAUAGCAACACUGAAAAAGAUGAUGGAAAACUGGGCAACCUUUCGCCAGUUUCUGGUGGCUCGAUUGGCUCAAUAAGGAGAUCUCGAUCCAGAUCUCGGUCGAACAGUCGUUCGCGAAACAAUCAUCGCUUGGAGCAUCGUCGAAGUCGCUCGCCUGACCGCUACCGCGACCGGCACAGGUACAACCGAUCGAGGAGUCCGAGGAGUCGCAAUAGGACACGCAGUCCCGUCCGAACGAGGAGUCCCGUUGGCCCGAGGAGUCGCUACCGUUCUAGAAGUCCCUUCAAUCGAUCCAGGGUUGACAACAACCGAUCCAAAUCACCUCAGCAACAGCGGUCACGGUACAUGCGCUACAAGUCGAGAUCGCGGUCACGCUCGCGCGAUCGCCUCAACCUGCCCUACAAGCGCAAGCGAUCCACUUCCAGGUCUCGUUCUCGAUCUCCUCGCUCGUCGAAUCGGGCCCGCUACAACAAACCUCCAACCAGAAGGUCACCAGAUGAUGGAAGAAUUAAAUCUGAUAAGUUCAAGGAGGAACUGCGAGUGUUGCUUGAUAAACUCAAGUACCAUGAAAAGUUUCCGGAAAAGCAUCCGCAAUAUUCGGUGGAAUGGAAGGAGUUCUGGAACAGGCGCUACAAAGAGCUGCAGACUGCUGGCAAAGACCCCAGCAAGCACGACUUCAAGCCAGAGUGGAUAUCCUACUGGAAAAAACGAAUGCUCGAGCUGCACGAUCAAGCCGCAGCUGCUCUUAAAGAAAGAAUCUACAAUCCUGUUGAAGAAAAAACAGAAGAGAGCAAGGAUGUUACUGUUAGUGACAUCAAGAAUACUUGGAAAGCUCUCACUGGAUCUGAGAUUAUGGAUCCAGAGUUGGAUUCAAACUCGAAAAAGAUGCAAAAAAGUACAAAAGACCCACCUGGAGCGCGAAUGGGCUUUAUACCAUUCACUGAUGACUCGUCCAGAGUUAUUUCUGUGUUAAGAUUGAUAACCGUUCUGGAAAAUAUGCUUGGGGUCUUGGCGCCUAAAGUUGUCACUCUACUGUCAAAAGCACUAUCAAUGGACAAAGUCAAGCCAGGUAGCUCUGAAAACCUACUUUACAACGAGGAGGACUGUGUACUCUUUGAGAUUAUCAAGGAAAAGUUGAAAGGUUUAUUCUUUGCUGGUCUCGUAGAAAGGCACCUUGUCAACACCACCAAAUUUACAAUAAAAAACAUAGAAGAAUUGUUGUCCAAAGCACCGAAAAACUUUGGAAAAAAGGCUGAGCCUCAACCUGUAGCAAUGAAACCCCCACCCCGUGUAGUAGAAGCACCCCCUCCUCCUCCGAAAGAGGUAACAGUGCCUGGAAUAGGAACAGUUGAUAGAAUGGCAAUAGCUGAGCAGAUAGCGGCGGCACUCAUCAGUCAGGGCAGAACCGAUGUCUCUGAGCAGGAGUUGGAGUCACUCAUUGACGCGGUCGUGGCAUCGACUACUGAGGAGCAGCAGCAGCAGCAGCAGCCGCAGCUGUCACAAUCGCAGCCGCAGCCGUCACAAUCGCAGCCGCAGCCGCUGCCGUCACAAUCGCAGCAGCCAUCACAAUCUCAACAGCCGCAUCCUAGUGGAGGUCUCACUCUACUCCAGUCCGCCUACGACGAAGACGACGCUGACGCCGACCGAGGAGAUCCGGCCCUCCUUUCCAAAACUCUCCCUCUUAUCGAGUCUGUCGACACCAUAACCAGCCUAAGCGACUACGAUCUGCGUAAUCUGCUCGAAAAUUUUAACAGACUGCAACCGUUGAACCAGACCAAGGUUGUGAACUACUUGAAAGCAAUUGAAAAUACAGUCCCUUAUAGGUUCAAUAGACUUCAAGAAACCACACGAGUUAAUUUGUCUAAGAUAGCGUCAAAAGCAAGUAGAAUUUCGCCGUUCUCCUCGAGAAAAGUAAAUUCUAAUCCAGGGGUUGUGAUGAUAGACGAUGAUGAUGAUGACGAUGAUUACUCAUUCGAAGAUAUCUACCGGGCUGCUUCACAGAAAGUGAAAGGAAGCAAUCAGAUGAAACCCAGUCAGCCUACACCCUACACCAACAAUGCUUGGUGGCCAUCCCACAAUAAUUAAUAGCAACCUCAUAUCUCUAAGUACAGUCUAAUUGUAAAGAAAUUAUCAUUUAUUUAUGAUUUAUAUUAAUAAUCAUAAAAUCUAUUAUUGAUUAAUUAUUCAAAUACAUUUUAUUUAAUUUAACAUUUUUGAUAGAAUUUAGAAAACGUAUCAGUUAUAUUUCGUUGAAAAAACAAUAUAUAACUACAAAUAUGUAUUUACAAUUUCUACUAUAAUCAAUAAAUUAACUAGAAAAACUG